CGCUGCUGAGCGCGGCUCCGGGGCCGGAGCGGUCAGAGACCCGCGCGGAGCCGCUCCUGCCGUGGCCACAGCACCUGCGGCGGCGGGGGAGGCCGCGGGGCUUGUGCUGGCGGCUCCCCUUUGCCUCCAUCCACACUUGCGACCUUGCCCCCCUCCUCCAUACCGAACCCCCCCAACCCCUCCGCACAAAGAGGGUCCUGGCGCUCGGGUCCCGACCUGGCCCACAUGCACCACCCGUCCGGCCGCUCGUCUCCCUGGCGUUAAUGUCCAUCUCGGGUCCGACGAGACCAGCUCAGAGGGGCCCGUGUUGGAAGGAGAUCUAAGAUGAAGUUAUGGGAUGUUGUGGCUGUCUGUGUGGUGCUGCUCAACACGGUCUCCACCUCACCCCUGCCCACUGGUAAGACGCCUCUCAAGGGGCCCCCUUCAGUGGUAGAGGGGCCUGAAGACGAUCUCUCCCCCAUCAGCCUGCUGCCUCCCUAUGCUGUGCACAGUGACUCUAAUAUGCCAGAGGAUUAUCCAGAUCAAUUUGAUGAGGUAGUGGACUUUAUUCAAGCCACCCUUAAAAGACUGAGGAGGUCACCGGAUAAACAGACCCCUAUUUUUUCUAGGCGGGAGAGAAACCGGCAAAACACAGCCACAAACAUAGAGAAUAACAGCAAAAAGGGCAGGAGGAAUCAAAAGGGAAAAAAUCGGGGAUGUGUCUUAACAGAAAUACAUUUAAACGUAACUGACUUGGAUUUGGGAUAUGAAACCAAAGAAGAGCUGAUUUUCCGGUAUUGCAGUGGGUCUUGCGAUGCAGCCGAGACCACCUAUGACAAGAUUUUAAAAAACUUAACCAGAAAGAAGAAACUAGUCACUGACAAAGUGAAGCAAGCCUGUUGCAGACCUACAGCCUUUGAUGAUGACCUGUCCUUUUUGGAUGAUAACCUGGUUUACCACAUACUGAAAAAACAUUCCGCAAAAAGACCUUACUGAAGACAGGAGUGUGCUUCUCUGGAGUUUUUUACUUCACCUGCGAUUUAUGUCUCAAGUCAUUUGUGUUAAUCAACCAAAGUUCUCUACAGACUUUAUUUUUGUACAAUACUCAUUUUAUAACUUUUUACAAAAUAAAACUCAUUUCUAUUGUUA